GGGGAGGAGCCGGCGGCCCAGACGCGGAAGCGGGAGGAAGCAGCGUGGCUUCCCCUGGAUGUAAACAAGGCGGCCGGGCGAGGGGGUCGCACCGCGGGGCUUCUCCGAGAGGCCCUGCCCAGGUCAUGGCGUUUCUGAAGCUCUUUGGGCGAUUAAAAUCAGUUGUCAUUGGGAUGGUGCAUGUGGGGGCAUUGCCAGGGACGCCACGGAGCAGUUUGCCAUUGACCCAGAUCACUGAUAAAGCCUGUCAUGAGGCUGAGAUUUACAAAGAUGCUGGAGUUGAUGGCUUGAUAGUGGAAAAUAUGCACGACCUUCCUUACACCGUUUCUGUUGGGCCAGAAAUAACUGCAGCAAUGGCAGUCAUUAGUGCUGCAGUGAAACACACCUGCCCACGUCUCCCAUUGGGUAUCCAGAUUCUGUGUUCUGCAAAUCAACAGGCUGUAGCUGUUGCUCUUGCUGCAGGUCUUGAUUUUAUCCGAGUUGAAGGGUUUGUUUUUUCUCAUGUAGCUGAUGAAGGGAUGAUAAAUGCCUGUGCAGGUGAUCUGCUAAGAUACCGAAAACAAAUUGGAGCACAGCAUGUUCAAAUUUUUGCCGAUAUUAAAAAGAAACACAGCGCUCACGCUCUGACAGCAGAUGUCAGUAUAUCAGAGACUGCUAAGGCUGCUGAGUUCUUCCUUGCUGAUGGGAUUGUAUUGACUGGAACAGCUACUGGAAUGCAGGCAGAUCCUAAAGAAUUGAAAGAAGUUGAACGUGCUGUGAAGAUUCCAGUGCUGAUUGGGUCUGGAGUGACGCUGGAGAAUGCAAGGAGCUACCUGGAUGCAAAUGCUUUAAUAAUUGGUUCAUAUUUCAAGAAAGAAGGUUACUGGGCAAAUAGUGUUGAUCCUGACCGAGUAAAGAAAUUUAUGGAUCAUAUAGGUAAACUGAGAGAAUGAAUUUAUCAUCAUAUAGUAUUGUGUUUGUGCAGAAUAAAAUCAGGCCACAGCAGAACUUCUGUGGGGUUACUGUACACAUCCAAUAUGAUAUACGGUACCAUGCACAAGUAACCUCCAUUAGUAUUCAUGGGAGUUGCAUGGGAAUUGGAAUUGGUUAAUACAAUAUUAAAUGGGGGGAGGGAGGGAAUCUUCUCCAUGGCUAGCCAAUAAAUCAGGGGGCAUUUUAAAGAAAACAGUUGUUCUCAGUUUCAUUUGUAGGCACAUUUCUGCAGCUCUCUACUCCCAUGUUCCAAUACUAAAUUACCUCUUAGAAAUUUUCAGGAAUAUAUUCUUUACAACAGGUAAAGAAUUUGUUCAGCUUAAGAAUUAGCUGAGUUUUGUUUUAUGCGUGGAAUAUAAUAGGACACCCUAAGAUUGCAGCCACCAGAAUUGUAAAUUGGGCAGGUCAGUUAGCCUCUGUGUGCCUCAGUUUCUCCAUCUGUAAAAUCGGGAUAAUACCUAUUUUAAAAAAUGUUGUAGGACAUAAUGAAUGAGUUUUUGUAAAGCAGUUUCAUCUAAUAAAAUAAUAAUCAAACUGUCAAAAAAUACAGUAAAAAUGCUAUAAGUUAGAAAAGUCCAUUUAUUCAUGUCUGAAUACUGGUGACGACAUAGCAGAAUUUUUGGAAGUCUUGAUCCAUCACUAACUUCAGACACUCAGCAGCCGCCUCUCCCAGUUAUGAGUGGCACCCUAUCUGUUUAUCUCCUUGCUGGUUCUUUACUAUGAUGACCCAUCAUGAACUCCUUCCAUGAUAACUUUCUCAAGAUUAUUUCCAUCUCUAUGGCUAAUGUGAGCAAACUACAUAAGUUUGUGCCUGUUGAUUUCCGAGAGCAGAGAGUCCUCUUUUCUCCAGUAAUAUUUCAAACAUAAGAGUCUAUGCCAGCACCUCAUUUCAAAGGCUUCAGUUUUCUUCUAGUCAUCCAUAUUAGUUCCCUAAGAUUCACUUCCAUAAGUCGCUAUGGAAAAAAAUUAAACUUUUCAUCAGUUGAACCUUUGUAUGUUUUGAGAGGCCAUGGUUUUUCCACACUUUUAUAAAGGAGGCCAUGGCUGAACAAGCCAUCCCUAGUCUUCUUCCGAUUUCUCUAGAAUAACCUUCUUGGUUGGAAUAUGUAUGAUCCCAGGUAAUUAAAUUAAUCUACUACCUCUACAGCUUGACCAUUAAUCUUGAUGUCCACUUGCAUCCUGAUGUUAUUGAUAGUGUCAAGAUAUAUGCAUUUUUAUUUUUGCCCCUUUCAGGAGUAGUCCAUAUUUCUCAUUAACAGUUUUUAACAGACUCCAACAUUUGUUGAAUUCCAUUGAUGGUUGCAACAAAAACAUUUCUGAGUUCCUUCCACUUUAUCAAAACUUUCAGGGCUUGUCUCAGAAUAAAUUCUGCAUACAUGUUAAAAAGACUUGGGGACAGAAUGCUCCCUUGUCUCCCAUGUGCCAGUGGAAAACCUACUGCUGUUUGCACCAUGAUCUGUUGACGGUGGAGACUUGUGAUGAAUUCAGUUAGAUGCUUUGGAAUCCCCAUGUCUGCCAGUAUCCUCCAGAGGGUGUUAUGAUGGAUGAUAUCAAAUGCUUUGGCGUAGCCAGAGAAACGCCUAAUCAGUGGAUUGCUGGAUAUUCACAAUUUGAUCAUAUGUGCCUUGACCCUCUCUGAAAUCAACUUGUGGUGAUGGUAGUUCUGCUUCUGUCAUUUGCUUCUUGCCAUCCUGAAUUAUACAGAGGAACACUUUACUUGCAUGCUAUAUCAGGGAGAUGGUACGAUAGUCACUGUACUGUUCUAUUUCCUUUCUUCGGUAAGAGCAGAAAAAUUCCCUUUGUCCAAUCAUCCAGUCAAUUUCUAGUCAUUCAUGCAUCGUUGCAAAUUUUCCACAUGAGAUCAAUACCACCAUCACUGAUCACUUUUAGCAAUUCUGCUGGCACAUUAUCUACCCCUGGUGCUUUCCCAGGCUUCAUUUUCAUAAAAGCACGCACCGCUUCCUCGCUCAGGAUUGAUGGCUCUUGGUCUGUACUCUCUUUUCUAUCAUCCUGUAUUGUAAGUGGCUCUGAUGAGGCAUAGAGGUUGGCACAGUAAUCUCUCUGUGUUUGAAAUCACCACCUUCAAUAAAAAACACUGCCAUCACGAUCUUUUAUUAUGCUUGGUUGCAGGGAAAACUUCUUACUAAAAUGUCUGACCACUGUGAACAUACCUUUUGUUUUAUUAUUUUAAUUCUCAAGUUCCUCACAUUUUGCUCUAAUGUAUUUGCUCUUGUCUCCUCUAGUCUGCCUUUCAAUCUGUCUGCUCAGUUCCUUACAGUGUAUUUUCUGUCCUGCAUUCUUCAGUCUCCAAGCCACUCCCACUCUGCAUAGUCAUUUUGGCAGCUCAGUCACCUUCUCUGUUAAUUAUGAUGCGGUCUGACACUGGCUUUUUGGAAUGUGUGCUUUGGCAGCUUCAAGCAUGAUAGUUUUCAUUUUAUCCCAAAAUUCAUUUGGGUUGUUCUUCUCUUUCACCUAUGAUAGUGACUCAGACCUGUUCUUUACAUGUAGUUUUUGUUGAUUUGGGACAAGUGCAGACACAGCAGACCUGCCAAACGUCUUAUCUUUUUAUAUUUUAAUUUUAUAUUUGAGGGUAACCGUUGAUGGUCUGACCCACAGUCUGCACUCAGGGACGUCUUUGUCCCUUGGACACUUUAUCUGCAGUGUCCCUGUAUCAUUACAUAGUUGAUCUGGUUCUUUGUCACACCGUCAGGUGACCUCCAUAUAUGUAAACAUAUAGGAUGUUGGGUGGAGAUAGUGUUCGUAAUGACCAGAUGAUUACAGUAACAGACUUCAACUAAACAUCUUCCUUUCAUAUUGUAAACCCAGACCAUCGUUUCCCUUUAUUUCUUUAAGAGCUUACAGCUCCAACUAUCGUGUUCGGAUCUCCAAUUACAAGGGUGAGGUCUUCACUUGG